GCUGCUCUUGUUUGGUUGAUGCCUGAUGGUGGUAGAGUUUCCUGUUAAUUAAUUAAUUAGUCUAAACCAAAGGAAAAUGUAACCAAACAAGACAUCCAAUCCAAUCCAAGACGCUGAGAAUAGCAGCUAGCUUUUCCAUCCACGGUUUAUUCUCAGCAAAACCACCACCACCUGGAUUGGAUUGCAUGGCCAAUUAAUUGCCCGAGAAAAAGAGAUCGACAAUUCUUGCCUGUUUCCGUCCAUCAAGAAACCAUCAUGUAUCUGAAGCCACUUCUACUAGUUAUUCUAUUUUCAUGCAUCUUACUCCGUCCUGAUCGGUCUAUGGUCGCCUUUUUUGGUGCCGGAAAUCCCCCAGCAGAGCCGCAUUACUUGGGCGAUGUUGCUGUUGACUGUGGCUCUAUUGGCAACUCAACGGCGCUUGAUGGCCGUGAAUGGAUCGGAGAUACAGGCUCAGAAUUGAUGUCUUCACUGCAACCAAGAGGCAAAACAAGGAGCUCUACUGCUGCUGACAAAUUAUCCUCCGUCGACGGUGUUCCGUACAGGACUUCAAGAAUUUCUGCAACUCCAUUCCAGUACACCUUUCGGGUCACCCCAGGUGCCCGCAUGGUUGGUCUGAACAAUCGGUUCUAUAUUAUCGAAAACAGCACUGCACUUGAAGUGGUUCAAAGGUUGAAUAUUGGAGGGGGCUCUAUCUCACCAAUAGAAGAUUUUGGCAUGUUUCGAAGAUGGAGUGAGGAUUCUAAAUACUUGCAGGAAUCCGGAGUUCAUCGAGUGAGUCAUCUGACUAACAGGAUUAAGUACACAAACAUGCCAGCAUUUGUUGCUCCACCAAGGCUUUACCACACUGCUUGGAAAAUUGGAAGAGGUAUAAGAGGAAAUGAGAUGUACAAGUUUACAUGGAAAAUACCUAUAGAUCUGGGCUUUGGCUACUUAGUCAGGCUUCAUUUCUGUGACUUCGAUGCUGGUAUGGCAGAAAGCAGGCAAAGGGAAUUCACCAUCCACAUAAAUAAUCACAUAGCUGAGAAUAAGGCUGACUUGAUCGGAUGGAGUGGCGGCACUGAGAUCCCAGUAUACAGGGACUAUUUGGUGAUGGUGAAAGGAGAGAAAGAAGUCAGGAAUUAUGAUCUCUUGAUUUCCCUACAAUCAGUGGAUGAGUUGGUUUUUGGACUCCUUAAUGGACUAGAGGUCUUCAAGUUGAGCAAUCCUGACAACAGUCUUGCGACUCCAAAUCCUUUAUUUCCAAGACGAGCGUCCAAAAUUUGGAACCUGAAGAUUCCAAACUUGUUCUCAGCUUUUGGCCAGAGCAAUGCUGUUUCAACAGGUAUGACAAUCAUAAUUAUGUGGCUUUGUCUGACAUUCUUUUCCUUUCUACUUAUUUUUUCUUUUUACAUUGCAUUUUUUGGUGUGAAAAUAGCGUAGAUUUUUGCCUCAAACUAUGGAUAGGUGAACUAACUACAUUCAAACGAAAAAGGAAGCAACUAUAUAAAACGACUGUGAUAACAUAUUUAGGUUUGAAGCUUAGUCAAGAAAUGGUUGAAUUCUAGAUGUACGUAAUGCAUG